CUGUAUUGGUGCAUGCAAUUAUUCCUCCCUAGGUGUAAGACCCUACACUUGCUUUUGUUGAACCUUUUUGUUGAAGAGUAGUGACGAGCAUUAGCAUGGGUUCCGUUGUUAAAAUAAGAGAGAGACCAACAUUUUCUCUAGUUGGAAAAAUUAAUUUUUCAUCUUAAGUAGAGCAACAUCUUGGAAAAAUCCUCUAAUGCUUAUAAUUUUACAGAAGAAUUCAGUAUUUUUGUAUUUUUUAAUACUCUUAUCUUUUAAUAUGCAGAGACUGAAUAGUCCUUGAGGUAGUGUAAAGGAAAGUGCAGUGAACGCUUUCAAACGUAAACUUAAAGCUUGGAAUUAACAAAGCCCUUCACUUACCAUAUUCCUUGACUUCACUUUAUCUGUUCUGAGAAAAUCCCACAUCUUCAGUGUAUGAUGGCUAUCAUCAGUCUUUGUUUCAUUGAAGUGAUGAGAAAAAUUACCUGACUACAGGUGAAGUAGAUCCUUAUACUCAGGGAUUAUCUCUUCCUAUUGAUGAACGAAGGUCUGCCAAGGAGAAACUACGUCUUGAAAGAAACAAGGACUACAAUCAGUAUCUCAGGGAUAAAGAAGAAUGGAAUGAAAAGCUAAGGAAAUUAGCAAAGAAAAGCACAGAGCAUCAGAUGGACAGGAAUAAAAAACCUAUUGCUGUUACCAGGCUCCAGCCUGAGUUACAUCCAGAUGUAGAGUCCCGUAGUACAGCUGCAGAACCUCUCAGGAAAGAUGCCUUUACUUCCACAGAAGGUUAUGAAGAGCUGCUAAAUAAGCGACGGCUGGAAGAAGACAGGUACCGUAGGCUAGAUGAUGAAAUUGAAUUAAGAAGUCGACUAUUAAAUAAAAGACUUGAUGAAGAUUUGGAUGUUCCUAGUAGAAGACAUCGGGUAUUUGCAAGCCAAUCUCUAAUUCCUAGUAGAAGGUAUCACAGACUUGAUGAGGAUCGUGAUUUUGAUCGAAGAUACUACAGAACGGACUAUGAUCCUGAGAUAAGUGAAGAAUUAGAUCCUAGAUUUAGAUGUGAAAGUGCUUAUGAGAGAAAACCUCCCCGGCUUUAUUAUUCUGAAAGGCCCGAUCUGGAUGGGAUAGUAAGAGAUCUACCUGCAGAUUAUGAAGAUGAAUUAAAGGAGAGAUCACACGUGCAGCGGAUCUCGCGAACUGGAAAUUUUAGAAAUCAGGCACAGAUUAGUUCUUUAGCUAAUGAACCUGCCAAGUCUGCUCCUGAAAUGACAUAUGCUACAGGCCUCAUUCUUGGUGAUCAAGACCUAGAACUUCUCCAAAGGAAAAAGGAGAAAUACAGGCAAGAAUUAAUUGAACAGAUGGCUGAACAACAGCGAAAUAAGAGGCGGUAAUGGAAAGUUACUUUAUUUUUAAAAGAGAAUGUCUGAAGUUUAAAGGAAUUUCAUUAACUGAAUGUGAUAAUUUUCAAGCUAACUAGGUUAAUUACAUCUAAUUAAGUUGGGGGUAUGAGAACUUUCGUUUUUAAUAAAUUCACCAGGUUUCAGCUUUCUUGGUGGUAGAAGAGUGAGUAAUUACUUUGAAAAGUUGAAAAUGAAUCUUUAUUUUCCUCCAGUUUAGGAGAGUAACCUUUCACUUUCAAGGUUCUUGACCAUAUGACUUAUGCAGAAUAAUAAAAUGCCAAUUUCUUGCUUAUGUAUUAGUAGUUGCUUGCUGAAUAACAGUAGAGAUAUACACAAACACACUAUUAGGCCAAUGAAAGGAUAAUGAAUUAAAAAGUUACUUUUGAGAGCUUCACUGUGAUUGAAAAUUGUACGUAUUGAACAAACCUGGGACUGGAAAUCACAAUAUAUUAUUUAUUAGUAUAGUUCUGAAUAAUUUAUUUGAAUAUGUUUAUCAAAAACUUAUCCUUACUCCAGAAGAAAUGAAAUAGAAGUGUGUUGCAAUGUAAUAACUGUGUUUUCAGAGUUAAGCCAUUUCAGAGUUGUGAUAUUUGUGCUUUGAAAAAAAUGAGUCUAGUUAUUAC